UGGAAACAGGAGUGGGCAUCCGCUGUGCUGCGCGAAGAAGAAACUUCGAGGAAAGAUGCACGAAGAGGAGGAUGGCAGCGAGGCAAACUCCUGCACAGCUUCGCGGAUCGUGGCCUCCAGGUCCGUGGAUGUGGCCGAGGUCGAGGGCGCCAAGGAGCAGGCCUCCAAGCUGUGCGGCUUCUUGAACAAACUGUCCGGCAAGGGGCCUUUGAGGGGGUACAAGCCGAGGUGGUUCGUGUACGAUCCGAGGAAAUGUUAUUUGUAUUAUUUCAAGACUCCCCAAGAUGCCCUGCCUCUCGGGCACAUCGAGAUCAGCGAUGCGUGCUUCAUCUACGAUGUGGAGGGGGAAGAGGGGCAGUUUGAGAUCCGCACCGCCGGGAAGGAGUUCCUCCUCAAGGCCCCCAGCAGGCAGGUGAUGCAUUACUGGCUGCAGCAGCUACAGCAAAAACGUUGGGAAUACAGCAACACAAGAGGAUCCGGACAGAGAGACAGCUGGAGCUCCCCGACCCUGGCCUACCCUCCCACUGGCCUCGUAGGCAAAGACAAUGAUGCAGUAGUCUUUGAGAAGCUGAGUGAUAGCAUGGAGCAGGUCCGCAGCGACUUUGCCAUGGAGACAGACACAGAUGGCGGGGGAAUGGUGGGCAUCCAGUCAGCCAGAGGGCCUUCCGCUGCGCUCACGAACCCCCUCAACUUCUCCCUCAGAAACUUCGGUACAGAACUCAGGAACUCCAUGUCUUAUUUACGGCCGGGCAGAGGAGGCGAGAGCAGACGCAGUGUGUUUUAUACUCACGGCAACAGCAGCAGCACAGAGGAGUGGGAGCUGGUGGAUGCUCCACCCAAGGACUUCCCUGAACAGAAACCUCAUCCAGACACACACAGACAUUCCUUUGGGUCAGCGUUUACGUUCGACUUUGUGCGCAACUCAGCGCGGCCGAAGAGGCCUUUGCUUCGAGACAUGAUGGGUGCCGGGAAGUUUGGGCGUAACGCUGAGACACGCAGUGCCGAGAGUUCCCCGGUGGAGUGUAACGGCAGCAAACCUCUGGAGAUGCAGCUUCGCCUCCAGAGCCAACAGGAAGAACUCAGCCGCAUGCAGCAGGAACAGGCCAAACUCAGAGAAGAGCUGGCCAGUCAGAAGGAGCUGGUGAGACUUCUGCAGCAGACUCUGAGAACCUCCCAGUGUGACAGGCCGCCACUACGCCGUCCACCUCCGACUCCAGAUUCAUCUGCUGCUUCAGACCAGACUCAAGGUUCGGCAGUAACACAGGAAGAGAUCGCCAAGACGGAGACCCUGGUUCAGGAAAAGGAUGGGCAGAUCCAGUCCCUGUGUGGCCACAUGGAGCGUCUCGCUCUAGAGAAGGAGAGUCUUCAACAAGAGCUGAAGGGCCUGAAGAUAAAGGUGGGGGAGAUUAAUGACCAACUGGGGAUGCUGAUGGAGACCAUCCAGGCAAAGGAUGAAGUCAUUAUCAAGCUGUCGCAGCAGAGCUCCGAGCAGAGCGGCAAUCCAAUCAACGGUUCACCACCUCCCAACAAAGAUCAGCAUGAAGUGGACAUCCUCAAGGACAGUCUUCAAGGCUACAAAUCCCAGAACAAGUUUCUGAACAAAGAGAUCCUGGAGCUGACAGUGUUACGCAGAAAUGCAGAGAGCAGAGAAAAGGCUUUAGAAGCAAAGUAUACGGCCCUGGAGGCUAAGCUGUGUCAGGUGGAGAGUAAGUAUCUGGUGCUUCUUCAAGAAGUGAAGACCCCGGUGUGUUCGUCUUCAGAGCAGAGCCCAGCCCGAGAGGUCAUCUCCAGAUUAUUAGAGGAUGCGCUACAGGCAGAGAGCUCCGACCACCAGGAGCACCCCAUCUUUAAACCAAAUACUGUCAGUGAAUACGACACGUUUGGCUUCAAGACGGUCCCUGAGGAGGAGGAAGAAGAGGAGAGGCUAGUUGCAAAGGUGAGAGCUCUGGAGCUGAAGUCCCUAUCCAUGACAGAUCAGGAAGUGUCCAUCGGGGUGAAGUGGGAGAACUACCUAGCCAGUACCAUGAACAGAGACCUGGUGCGCUCCCCUGAACUCAAGGCGCUGUUUCGCUGCGGCGUGCCCCAUGAGCACCGCUCCCAGGUGUGGCGCUGGUGUGUGUCCUUCCAUGUCAAGAAGUUGCGAGACCAUCUGGCGCCCGACUACUAUGAGACCUUACUUAACGUUGCCCGGGACAAGCCUAACCCAGCCUCGAAGCAGAUCGAGCUGGACUUGCUGCGCACUUUGCCCAACAACAAGCACUAUUCCUCUCCGAGUGCGCCUGGCAUCCAGAAACUCAGGAACGUCCUGAUGGCUUUCUCCUGGAGGAAUCCAGAUAUCGGCUACUGCCAGGGACUAAACAGGCUGGCAGCUAUUGCCUUGCUUUAUCUGGACCAAGAGGACGCCUUCUGGAGCCUAAUAGCUAUCGUGGAGGUCUUCAUGCCAAGAGACUAUUACACCAAGACUCUGCUUGGCUCACAGGUUGACCAGCGUGUGUUCAGGGACCUGAUGAGUGAGAAGCUCCCCCGGCUUCACGCCCACUUUGAGCAGUACAAGGUGGACUUCUCCCUCAUCACCUUCAACUGGUUCCUGGUGGUGUUUGUGGACAGUGUGGUGAGCGACAUCCUCUUCAAGAUCUGGGACGCCUUCCUGUAUGAAGGUCCAAAGAUCAUAUUUCGCUUCGCCCUGGCUCUCUUCAAGUACAAAGAGGAGGAGUUUCUGAAGUUGCAGGAUUCCACAGCCAUCUUCAAAUAUCUUAGAUACUUCACGCGCACAAUCCUUGAUUCAAGGAAGCUGAUGAACAUCGCUUUUGUGGACAUGAACCCGUUCCCCAUGCGACUAAUCCAGAACCGCCGCUCCUUCCACUUGGAGAAAGUCCGUCUCGAGCUGACUGAGCUGGAGGCGAUCAGACAGACCUUCCUCAGGGAGCGAGAGACGAGUCAGGACGGUCGGAGCUUCGUCAGUGAUGACGAGGAGGACAACUGACCUUGAGCUUGUCGCUGAAUUAUGAAGACAAAGAGAUCAUCUCCAGAUGCCAGAGACGUGUUGCAGCUGUAAAGGGAUUUUUCCUAAAGGAUUGUUGGGAGGUGGUCUCCGAAUCAGAGCUGGACCAAUCAACUCUUAUAAAUUUCAAGUGAAAUCGCAUCAAAAGACAAAAGUGUUACAGGCCAAACGGCUUUUUCUAUCAGUAUUCCUGCCAUUUUAUUUUGUACACGCUUUGUUUGUUGUAUGCUUGUGUGUUUACGUGACAGCCAAAACAGUACGCCUUAUCCACGACUCUUCAACCUUCAAUGCCAAGCUUCAGUCUUGCAGUCCGAAUCAGUAUUUUUACAAACAUGGCUGUGAUCUUUUAAUAGUUGGUGAUUUUAUGCCUGUUGAAGGAAUGAUUGUAUUUUUUUUUUUUACCUCUGUUUUUAUUUUCGCACUCUCUGCCCUCAGCCCCUUUCAUACGUCUUAAAAUUGUUUACCUAAAUCUAGUUAUUUUUCCAAACUACCACGCAUCAACACAUCUUUUGAUGCACUUGAAUCACUUAUGCUGAAAUUCAGAUUUUGCUGAAACUCCAAGCGGUCCAAGGGGUGUUUAAGAAUACACACAAAGACGAUUUAAAGAGUCCCAUGUAUUAUCAGUUGCAUAAACAGCAUGUGGAAUAUUUUGGAGAAGACUGUAUUUCUUUAAUAUCUCAGGAUUCAGAUCAAAUAACUAGAGACGCAACAAUUAAGCCACCAAGCUAAAGGUGUCAGUCAGUGUUGUCUUUUUAAGUAAUAUUGGUCCGUCCAGUUUAUCUGUCCAUAUUUGGGAGACUAUUUUUUUCUUUGGGUAUCAGUCUUAAUAUGAUAUUUUAAACUUAAAAGAAUACUAUGCAGGAUUUUCCUUUGCAAAAUCCCUCUCAGUCAUCACUUAUGACCCACUAGUAUUUUAUUAUUAGUCUGCCUGUAUUUUCUUAUUUUCCAUGUGAGGAUGUUUAUUGACGUGCACCCCCACGUGAGGUUGAGGCUUUUUAACAAGGUAGCAUUCAGGUGGCAGACUGUAAGCAGCAGAUAUCCAAGAGACAAAGCGGCGAAACACCAGAUGAGAGUGAAUCUGGGGUUGGACAAUCCUGCAUAGUAUAUCUUCAUGUACCACUUAAUUAUGAAAUUUUCCCAAAUACAUUUCUGAGACAUUCAAACUGUUCUGCACCUUCAUUUGUGCCGAAGAAAAAAUGUGUAACAACCACUGUAUUUGGUCAGGAGAAUAUCAAUUCCAAAAACAUCCUGAUUGUCUGACUAUUUUACUAUUCCUAUUGUUAAGAUUAAUUUGCCUUGUUUUGGUAGUGUUCAUGAUUUUAGUUGGGGUUGUAAGGGUCUUAAUUUCCCCUGGUUAAAACCAGUACAUGCAUAAUGCUGGGAUAUUCUUCUGAGCCCUGUCUGUUGAUGUAGUUACACUCAUUGUCCACAGUGUGGCAGUAUAACAUUUGUUUACCCAGUGUGUUUACACCAAUUCAAAGGUAACCUCCCACAGUAUGAUUUAGAGUUUAUUAUACUGUGUGUAUAAAAUGGCUGGGAAGUCAAUCUGUCAACAUGAUCGCUGUGCAAAAAUGGAAAUAUGAUUUGUGAUCUAUGAGGGAAGUGUUUCAGAAGAUUUAUAGACAUGUAGCAACAUAUUUGUCAUUCACAUCCAGGUACUUACAGAAAACAGUUUACUUGUAUAGCACCGUGACCAUAUUCUCUACGAUACUUGUUUUACAUACCAGAAUAAAAAGUUGAUAUACUUGCUCAUAAAAUAAACCAUUUUUAUAUUUGGUUAAUUAACAGUAUACAACUGUUUGAAUGGGAAUCCACAAGAGAGGAGGAAGAUUUUCUCACUUUGCCCCUUCUCUUGUGUGCUGAUAUAUUGUUUACACUUUGUUAUAACUUUUAAUUUCCUUUGUUUUUACUUCACUCUGAGCUGUUGGUAGAAAUUUCUUUGCUGUUAGUUAUCUUUUCUCUGCUCUAGUAUUGUCAGCUACAACACCAUGCCGAACUUUUUUGUGGGAUCACCUGAAGUUGUGAGCAAACCGCUGAAUUGUGGUUGUUUUGUUGAUGGAAAUGUGAAUGAAAAAAGUAGAGGUGGAAAGUUUUUCCUCAUGAGAGCAGGUCUCUCUUGAGAUCAAAACGUUCAACUUUGAUCGAUUUGAGAUAAAAAGUUUUAGGUCCAUUCAUUUUGUCAGAGGGCUCAUACAGAAGGUUUCAAUAUUCACUCAUGUUUCAAUACACAGCUUUUGUUCUAAGGCUUGUUCUCGUGCUUUUUGUAUGUUUUCUGUCAGUUUAGUUUUCACAUGGAAUAAGCUACAUUUAAUGUUAUGCUGUCUUUGCUUUCUCUUCCUCUCCCAGCAAUGUAUUGCACAAGUGUAUGACUUCAAAUUAUCAUCGGGCACUUCUCUUUUUUUGUAUGUAAAUCACUAUAUUGUUAAUCUUUAUCAUUUAAUGAUGAAAAAUGCAAAGCUUUUAUGUUACAGAAUUAAGUAUGCACCACUGUAUGUUUUUGUAAUACCAGUUAAAAGACAAAUUCAAUAAACAAUGGCUGACUGAUUGUCA